AUGGACUCAAACGCAUUCGCAUAUUCAUGGCUCAAAGCCAUCACCUACAAUGGCCAUGCCUUGUUAAGGCACCUGAGCUGGAAACUUACCUCGCUGGGGGGCACCAAAGGACGCCAAAUCCGCGUUAUUUGCCUCGCUGAUACCCAUUCGCAGCGGUGUGACAUUCCAUAUGGUGAACUGCUGAUACAUGCAGGUGAUCUGAGCCUGAACGGAAGUGCAACGGAAAUUCAAGAAACCAUCGAUUGGCUCAAGUCACUGCCCCAUAAACAUAAAGUGGUGGUGGCCGGAAAUAGCGAUCGUUUCUUCGAUGCUCGCUCUCGAUUACCAGAGGAUAUGUCGACGAUUGGCCUCUCUUCCGGCAGGGAAGAAUCAAAGAACCUACGAAGUCAACUCGAAAUGCCAUUCGAUUGGGGCGAGAUACAUUAUCUCCAGGGAACUUCUGUGACUUUGGAUUGUUCCCGCGUCUCAUCUACUGUCCCGAAAUAUGUUAAUAUCUAUGGCGCACCAUUUGUCCCUGAGUGUGGCCCUGAUACGGAGAAUGCCUUCCAAUAUCCAGUGAGCCAUAAUCCGUGGGCUGGCAAGAUUCCUGAGUCCACUGAUAUUCUAGUCACACAUACGCCCCCCAAGUUUCACCGGGACUGGUAUUGCGGGUCUCCAGAAGGAUGUCCCUGGUUACUUCAAGAGUUGUGGAAAGUUCGACCACUGCUGCAUGUGUUUGGACAUGUGCAUACUUCAUAUGGUACUGAGCGUGUUGUUUGGAAUGAUGCCCAGUCGAGAUGGGAGGAAUUCUGCUCAGGCGUUCAAGAACUACUGAGUCAAAAUGAGCACCCUAUUACGCUUGCAGGAAUCCUUCGACCCAAAUUAUGGCUAGAUGCAGCGAUGGUAAUGCUAUGUGGAUUACAGAAUCUACUUACCAUCGUGAUUGCCCCGCGGCGUCCUGGAUGGCAAUCUACUCUUAUGGUAAAUGCUGCAUGCAUGAGCGAUGACGGGCAACUGGGAAAAGCCCCUCACACGAUAAUCUUAUAA